AUGAAGGUGUCCAGCAUUGACAGCCGCCGUCUGAAGAAAAUGAUCAGAAAGGAGUGUGGGAGCUGCCUUAUUGUGGAUUGUCGGCCGUAUCUUUCAUUCACAAACUCUAGCAUUAAAGCCUCCGUCAAUGUCAACCUCAACACGGUGGUGGUGCGGAGGUCCAGAGGAGGGCCAGUGCCUCUGCAGUUUGUCAUCCCGGACGAAAAAGCCCUGAUUCGGCUUCAGGAGGGGAGAAUUUCGGCGAUCGUAGCACUGGAUGACCGGACGUCCCACUGGCAGAAAUUGAAAAAGGACAGUGUAGCACAAAUAGUAAUAAACAGCCUUUUACACCUAGCCAAUGGGACCAGCAUCUGUUUUCUGAAAGGCGGAUAUGAGAACUUCCACUCUCAAUACCCCGAACUUUGCACUGAGGUGAAAACCAUAAUCCAGAGCGGAAGUGAAGCUGAGAAAAAAGUCAGCUGUAACACCGAGAUGCGUUCUCACCACAAACCAGAUUAUGAUCAGGGCAAACCAGUGGAGAUCCUGCCUUUCCUCUACCUCGGCAGUGCCUAUCACGCUUCCAGACACGACUAUCUCAGCGACCUUCACAUCACAGCCUUGCUCAACGUGUCACGCAGAGACCUGCAGCCAGCAAAGGGCCGGUACAACUACAAGUGGAUCCCAGUGGAGGACAGCCAUAUGGCAGACAUCAGCUCCCACUUCCAGGAGGCAAUACAGUUCAUUGAUGAAGUGAAACAAUCUGGAGGCAAGGUCCUGGUACAUUGUGAAGCAGGCAUCUCGCGCUCCCCAACCAUCUGCAUGGCCUACAUCAUGAAAAGCCAGCGCCUGCGACUCGACGUUGCCUUUGACCUCAUCAAACAGCGCCGUGCGGUCAUUUCGCCCAACUUCAGCUUUAUGGGUCAACUGCUGCAGUACGAGUCCGAGGUUCUGUCCACGACUCCGGCUCACACAGUCACCCCAGAACCGGCCACUCCCUCCAUUCCAGAGUCGGCCUCCUUUUUUGCCAAUGACUUUAACCACAAUUUCAGCACCAAAAACUAUGAGCCAUCUGUGUUUUCCUUCCCUACCUCUUGUCUGCACUCCCCGGUCCAUCACCAGUUCAAACUGAGCCCGAUAACUGCACUGCCUUAA